UUAAACUUACACCUUGGAAAUCAACGCGGGACUCUCUGCUCAGGGCUUCGGGCACCGACCGAGUGAGGAAUAAAGCUCUCUUCGUCUUCAACGAUCAACUAUGGCAGACGACGACUUCAAUGAUAUGGAUAUGGGAUAUGAAGAUGAGCCGCCAGAGCCUGAGAUUGAAGAAGGAGCAGAGGAUGAUGUUGAUAACAAUAAUAAUGAGGAUGUUCCUGGGGAACCCAUUGAAACUGGGGAUAAAGAAGAACAAGAACCUGUCGAACGGCCUCGUAAAACAUCAAAAUACAUGACAAAAUAUGAGCGUGCCAGAAUUUUGGGAACUCGUGCUCUCCAGAUCAGCAUGAAUGCUCCUGUAAUGGUUGAGUUGGAGGGUGAGACAGACCCACUUGAGAUUGCUAUGAAGGAACUCCGAGAGCGGAAAAUACCUUUCACCAUCCGUCGCUACCUCCCUGAUGGAAGUUAUGAGGACUGGGGAGUGGAUGAACUGAUUGUGGAAGACUCAUGGAAGAGGCAAGUUGGAGGUGAUUGAUCAGCUGGCAUUUUAUCAUUGCAAUUUGUCCUUUAGUCAUUGCAAGAUGGCUUCUAAAUGCGUUAUAUGAUGUAUGGCCUUAACUUCAAAACUUGUCCUGUUAAACACCAUCAUUUAAUCAUCCACAAGCUUCCAGUUAUCUGCAACUUUCUGCUAGUCCCCUGGAACAUGAAGUCCAUUACAACUACAAAUGUAUUUUGCCAUGGUGAAUACUGGCUGAACUCAAGAUCAUUAAAACUACAUACUUUCUAUUGUUUGGAUUACUUUUGUGCCUGCGAACUUCGGAUUUCUAUUCAAAUAAAUACUGCGCAAGCUCCCUGUUA